AUGGAUUCAAUUAAUGGAUUUUUGCGCCGAAUACUACCAAAUCGAUCAAAUUUGCGAAGUAAUAGUGAAUUUUCAUUUGAAUUACUACGAAGUGCUUCAGCUCGAGAACUUAAAAAAUGUGCUAAUUCUAAGCAAAAUUGGCCAAGACGCAUUAGUGAUCGAGAACAUUUCCAUAUGAAUUCUAUUCAAUCGGUAAGUGUGGCUUAA